CAAAAGGCGCAGGCGGCCGGCGGGGCAGCGGCAGCUCCGAGGCCGGCGCCGCGCAGUCCCCAAGCCGCCGCCACCUCCGCCCGCGCCGCCCGGUUCCGCGGGGCGAGGCGCUGCUGCUCCGCCGCCGGUCGGGCCCACGGAUAAUGACUCUCCUCCCUGCCGAAACUGAAGAAGCACCUUGUGCACUUUAAUCUCCUGUCAGUGCAUCAGGCUGACUAAAGACGGUUUUGAAAUCUCAGCUAUAAAGACAUCCAGCCAAAGUCUCAGUCUUGCCUUAACAAUGUUCCAGAGACUGAACAAAAUGUUUUUGGGUGAAGGCAAUACUUCCAACCAAGAACCAGAAUUUAGUGAGAAGGAAGAUGAUGAAUGGAUUCUUGUCGACUUCAUCGACACUUGCACUGGGUUGUCGGCAGCAGAAGACGAGGAUGAAGACAUCAUUGAAGAGUCACCUACCGAACAUCCUUCAGUCUUUUCCUGUCUACCUGCAUCUCUUGAGUGCUUGGCUGAUACAAGUGAUUCCUGCUUCCUCCAGUUUGAGCCCUGUCCGAUGGAAGAGAGCUGGUUCAUCACCCCUCCGCCGUGUUUCACCGCCGGAGGAUUGACCACUCUCAAGGUGGAAACCAGCCCGAUGGAGAACCUACUCAUCGAACACCCCAGCAUGUCUGUGUACGCCGUGCAUAACUCCUGCCCUGGUCUCCACGAGGCCAGCUGUGGGGCUGACGAACUUCACAACGCCAGCGGCCCCAGAGUGGAAGCUCAAAAUGAAGUGGGGCAGCACAUUCACUGCUAUGUUGCAGCUGUUGCUGCUCAUGCAGCUUUUCUGGAACAACCCAAGAGUUUUCGCCCCUCCCAGUGGAUAAAAGAACACAGUGAAAGACAGGCUCUGAACAGAAAUAGCCUUCGUCGCCAAAAUCUUACCAGGGAUUGCCACUCCCGGCAAGUCAAGCACAGUGGCUGGGCUGUCCACCAGCCCUGCCCACGUCAGUACAAUUACUAAGAAUUUCAAGUGUGGUUGGUUGGCUUCUCUUGGUUUGUACAUAUGUGUGUGGAUGUGUGUGUUUGGAUGUGAAGUCUCUAUAGCCACUUGGUGACCAAUCACAUAGUCGUUUUAUUAGUGCGUUUAGACACUAUCUUGAAAACCAGAUUUACAUGCUGUGUAUCACAUAAUGCCUUGCUCUUAACAUUUACUUUUUGGUAAAUUUUUUCAGAAUAUUUUUGGAAACAUAUCAAUACAAUGGCAGUGUUUGGUGAUGUCUUUAAAUCUAUUAAAAUGUACAUGAAUUAGCAUUUUAAAGACAUUUCUUCUCAAGUUGAGAAUAGGCAUCUUUCGAUUUCAUUUUAUUUUGUAUUACUUAAUCAAUCUUUUGAGUAAGCAAAAAUUUAUUCUCAGGGUCAGCCAUACACUUUAUUGACCAGUACUUGAUAAUCUUUUCUGUAUAUAACGAAUACAUUUUUACACACUAACAUGAGCAUUAACAGGUUAUAGUUGCCAUAGUUAUAAUGGAAUUAUGGCUGAAUUGUCUUUUGAAAGAAAACUUGAUAUAUUUCUCUGUGUGUGGUGUUUUGUUGUUUUUUCCAGAUUAGCCAUGCAGUUCAUUUUGGAAUUCAGGUACAUUAAGAGUCAGUGAACAGUGCAUUCAGUAAUUCCGGCGUGACUGUGACGUGGUACAGACAUGGACAGGUAUCGUGGGACGAGAGCACUUGUCUCACAUGCAGAGGGGUUAGAGUAGACCUGUGAAGUUGCAAUUGGAAAAUGUGUGUCCGUAACUAACCUGUUAGUGCACUAUUUAAGUUGUUUGGAUUCUUUCCUGCCAGCUCUGCCCACUCACCACCUCACAUCAGCUGUAAAUUCAAAGUCCUUGUCCAGGCACUUGAGUGAUUUCAUAGUUACACCUGCGCACGGGGACAGUGAUAGGCUUUGUAUUCCUGGUGCAGUGGCAGGCGAGGGAAGGGGAGUUCUUGGGGACUCUUCUCAUGGUGUACAAAUGAAGAGCGACAGGUUGGCUUUCUUCAGUUUUCAUCUUUUGUUUUAAGUCUGGCUUCAGGCAGAAUCUUUAACCACUUUGGCUUGUUUCCUCCACCAAAAGGGGAGCAGGCAGUUACCUCCCUGGCAGUUGAUUUGAAGUGGGUUGUACAGGCCGGUCUUGUGUGAGAUUCCAAGGGCCUCUCUACUGAAUCUAGUGAUGGGAUGGGGCCCGUGGCUGUUUUUCUGCCACAGCUGUUCUUCCGUGUUGGUGCUGAGGAGGCCGGAGUGCAGCGUUUGAUGCCCAGCGAGGCCAGUUAACUCAACACGAGAUCUGUUUCUUACCGCUAGCCAGUCACUUCAUUUCUUAGCAGCUGUGAUGGUUCUGCUGCGCCGUCCACACUCACCGAUUUCUUCUGAAAUAAAGUUAAGCACAUACUUACAAUCCAGAGCACAUUCUGCUGACAGGAGUAUCGUCUUCAAAAUUAAAUAGCUCCUUUUCCCAUCUCUUCUGCAAACCUAAUUAAGUACACGUCUCUACAAUGUUCCGAGGAAAAAGCAGCAUAUAGUUAUGUGAAGUAUUACUCUAUUUCUCAGGAACCCUGCAGCGCUCACUGCGGGGAGCCGUGGGAGCUUUUUCUCCAGUGAAGAGCUGUGCUCUUUUCUGACCAGACUGGGACUGUGGGGUCAGAAACGGUCAAGUAGUGCAGCAGACGGUGGCGUGAGGUGGUUCUUCCACUGGCGUUGAUGAAGGGCCAGGAAUGUCUCUAGAGCAAGAAUCUAGAGCCCCUUCUCUCCUUUCCCCUUUCCAUUUCAAUGACCCCUUUAUUUAUUUGUUUUCUAAUAGGGGCCAAGUCUGUCAAGUUUUGUCAAACUGAGCUAGAAGUUAUUUGUUACUAUUUGUGUUUACCUGAGUUGGGAGAUAAGGUAGAGUUUUCAUGAGGGUGUGUAUGUUUUCACAUCAUGUCUGUUAUAGGGCCAUAUAUUGGUAACUUGAAAAUAGACCAGCUAAAUGUUUUCUUGAUGUAAGCCUCUGACUACGUGGGCAUCUCUUCAUAUAUUACAUGCAAGUUGUUAGUACCUCGCGAGCUAUAGAAGUUCAGCCUUGAGAAUUUAUUUGGUAGCAUGAACAGAUUUCUAUAUAAAACUGAGUGGCCCUUUUUUAUUUUUUCAGAUUUCCUGAUACCUUAAACACAUUUACAUCUCUAUCAGUUACUGCCUUUUUGUUUUCCUUAUCUGGACCUUUUUGUUAUGCUUUGUUCCUGGAAGACAAAUGAUUUUAGUCUUUGGGAUAUUUUUUCAGGGUAAGGGCUACCACACCAUCUGUGAUAUAUUGUGGUUUUUGUCUAAAAUUGGCACAUAUAAGAAUUGAAGAAACUAGUUACAUCAUUCAGUUGAGGUUCUUGGUCAUUAGAUGUUUGUUAGGUAUCUAUUAUGUACAAGAUACACCAGUAAUGACGUUGACAAGUUAAGUAUUCUUUGAAACACGGCCAAAAUACAAUUUAUUAUAAGUAAAUUAUUAUUUUUGCUGUUGUAAAUAUUAGUGGUUUACAAUGUGCUUUAAUGCAUAUUUCUUAAAAAUGCACACAGUGAGAAAUAAGACACCUUUGAAUUGAGUGCUCUGACUGUUUAUAAACUGAUAAUAUAGAAUGUUACUUGGAAAAAGUCUGGAAUAUGUGGUAUACACAGCAGUGCUUAUGAAUGAGUUACUUAGUUUUUAUAACCACGUUUCUCAAAGUUUGUGUCUUUGUUAAUAAAACAUUUUAUAAUGUAUAUCCUAUGUUUAUUACUUCUUCCUCAGCUGAUUGGAUGACGCGCUGCACUGAAAGUUGAAAAUCAGCCAUCCAUUUUCUUCUGUGGCAAUGCAUUUAUAUUGCUGGCUGAGUGGGGAAUUUUUUACAGAAGGUGCAAAGUGUUUGAAUUUCUGACUUCCUAUUCCUUUUUUUAACAUUAAUUUUCAGUUCAUUUUUCCAGUUUCCAUGCAAACUGCUCCUUUUUACAUGCGUUCUCUGUUGUGUCAGUACUUUGAUUCUAGUAAGAAGACAAUUUACUUAAAACUUGAGAGGGCCAUUCAGCAUUGCCUGUUUUUACUUCUCAGAUCUGUGUAGCACACUGGUUGGUAACCUUUACAUCUUCAUUGAAUCUGUCUUUGCUAUUUCUCUUCCUCCUCAAGGACAUGUAUUGUCUUUUAUGUUUUUAGGAGAAAAGAGCAAAGAAGAGUAUCUUAUCCUCAUUUUCUUUGAGUUGGAAACAAACAAAAAUGAAGGACUCCAACCAGAAGAUAGACACUUAAACUUAAAUAGAUGAAUGGAGACAGCUUAAGCGUUUCCGAGUAUUAGUUUUUUUGCUUUUAGAAUCAGUUAAGAGACUGCUCCUUGUGCUGGAGAUACUAGCAUCUGUUUGUCCUGUUACCUUAACGUUAUCCUAAAGCUAUCUUAUUUUAUACGGCCCCCACACAGAUUAAAUUCUUUUAAAAAAGAAGGGGGGCUACUACCAUGGAUGUUUCACUGCCAGGUUGAUGUGUUAUAAGUGGCAUCCGUAUCUACUUAUUGUAAUGCUUAAAGUUUUAUUUAAAAUGCUUUAUUUAGAAAACCAACAUAAUGUUUGGUGUCAGCCUUGCCAUGUACCAGUUUCACUUGAAAUUUGACACCAAUCACAGUGGUUUAGGGUGGAGAAAGGUACUGGAAAGCAAACCGAGAAGGGUAUAUUUUUCUAUUUGCAACAUUACCCUUUAUGUGGGAGAAGUUACUGUUCAGAGGAAGGCAGCUUACAUAGAUAAUGUUUUGUAUAUUAUUGAGAAUUUUCCUUACUUCUUAAAAGUGUGUAAUUGUUAAAUGCCCAGUUUUGCUCUAUAUUUGCCUGAAGUUUUAGUAUUCGUUUUUCUGGAUGGACUUCUGAAAACCAGUACUUGGGGAGAUUAGAUGUGUAUGUUUCCAGGUUUGUUGUGUGUGAGUGGUUUUGCUUGCUUUUUGGUUGUAUUUUCCUCCAGAGGUUUGGAACUUUAAUCAAUAAUUCUGUGUAUGUUAUUUAAAGAAAGUGGCUUUGUUUUUUUAUUUCUCAAGUAAAAUUGUGAACACAUUUGCUUUUCAAGGGCAGGGCAUCAGUUGUAGAAACUGAAGAGUAUUGUAGAUUGCACUAUGUGCCUUCUUGAUGUGUUUCUGGACACACAACUUUUUCAACAACUUGAAAUCUAAAAAAGGGACAUUUGGUUAGGUUGUAUACUGUACAUCAAUCUAUGCAUAAAUGGCAGCUUGUUUUCUUGAGCCACUGUCUAAAUUUUUCUGUUUUUAUAGAAAUUUUUUAUACUGAUUAGUUCAUAGCUGGUCAGUUUUAUACACAGACUAAACAAUACAGCACUUUGCCAAAAAUAAGUGUAGCAUUGCUUAAAAAUUGUGUAUUAACACCAGUUCUUUGUAAUUGGGUUCAAUGGUGCAUUUUGCACCACCUGGAGUUAUGGUUCUUAAUCUGUCAGUAAAUAAAAUGUCCUUUAACUUCA